AACUCAUCCCCAAAAGCAAACCCACUACCGUACGAGGUGAACACUUUUCUUCCCCUCAACAUCACUUUCAUUCAUAGAGUUUUCGCUAGGGUUUCUUCCCGCCAUGAAAGAGAACCUCGAUAUGUCCGAUCUCUCCGCCUCCUUACCGGCCGCCGCCGCAGCUCUUAGUGCUGAGGAUCGUGCCGGACUCGUAAACGCCCUAAAGGAUAAGCUUCAGAAUCUGGCUGGACAACACUCAGAUGUUCUCGAGAAUUUGUCUCCAGCUGUUAGAAAGAGAGUUGAGGUUCUUAGAGACAUUCAGAGCGAGCAUGAUGAGCUAGAGGCAAAGUUUUUUGAAGAGAGAGCGGCGCUGGAACUGAAAUACCAGAAACUGUAUGCACCACUAUAUGCAAAGAGAUAUGAUAUAGUUAAUGGUGUUGUUGAAGUUGAUGGAUUAAAGGAUGAAGCUGCAACUGACAAGGCAGAAGACAAGGGUGUGCCUGAUUUUUGGCUUACUGCAAUGAAGACCAAUGAAAUAUUGGCCGAGGAGAUUUCAGAACGCGAUGAAGAUGCUCUGAAAUAUCUAAAGGACAUUAAGUGGUGCAGGAUAGACGACCCCAAGGGUUUCAAGCUCGAAUUCUUUUUCGAUACGAAUCCGUAUUUUAAAAAUUCAAUGUUGACCAAAGUAUAUCAUAUGAUUGAUGAGGAUGAGCCUAUUUUAGAAAAGGCAAUAGGGACAGAUAUUGAAUGGCUACCAGGGAAAUGCUUGACACAAAAGAUAUUAAAGAAGAAGCCAAAGAAGGGGUCAAAAAAUGCUAAACCUAUCACUAAGACCGAAAAAUGUGACAGUUUCUUCAACUUUUUUAGUCCUCCACAAUUGCCUGAUGACGAGGAUGAUAUUGAUGAAGAAGAGGCUGAAGAACUUCAGAAUCUAAUGGAACAAGACUAUGAUAUCGGUUCAACGAUACGGGACAAGAUUAUACCCCAUGCUGUUUCGUGGUUUACUGGUGAGGCGGCCCAGGAGGAUGAGUUUGAGGGCAUAGAAGAAGAUGACGACGAGGAUGAUGAUGAAGAUGACGAUGAGGAUGAAAUUGAUGAUGAUGAAGACGGAGAUGACGAGGAUGAUGAAGAUGAAGAUGAAGAGGAGAGCAAGAGUAAGAGAAAAACAAAGAAGGGUAGCGUCUCAAAUGCAGGUGCGACAGAACAGGCUGAACAACCUCCUGAAUGCAAGCAACAGUAGGUUUGAAGGGCUGCAAAUGGUGUGAUCUGCUUUUAUUGAGAGUUUGAAAUUGUUGGUUUCAGAAUUUUGGCCUAUUUAUCUGUCAAAAUGUUUAGUUUUUAUGUUAGGUUACAUUCUUAAUUUGUGGAAAAGGGAACAAUUUAUUAAGUAUGUAUGUUUUGGCUCAUCUUUAUUGGGCAUGUUUGCUAUUGGUGGGAUUUAUUGGGCAUGUUUCAGAAACUGGUGUACCUAUUUUGUUAUAUUUGUUGA